AUGUCCUCUGAAACACCUUGUCCCUUCCGGGUCUCACUCCGAGACCAAAUUGAGCUGGAACGCAAUGAAGCCUUCCAAGCCAUGCGGGAACAACUUCGCCGCCAAGAUUGCGGUAUGGAAGGUCCUAGCUUCUGCUCAACACACCAACAUGAAUGCGAUUCAGCAGAGCAAGAAGCCUUCCGCCUCCACCGCGACAUCAUCCACACCCUCCUCGUCCCUCUCUUCCUAAUCAACCACCAAGCGGAACGAAUCGCCGCACGCGCCCUGCCCAGCAAAAAGGGCGCUGAACCAGAACGCGCUUUCCGUGGUGAAGCACGAAGCGCUUUCGCCUGGCUACACUGCAUCCUCAUCGAAGAACACGACUGGUACCUCACCGCGCGAUGCCCAACCUGCAUCGUCCUACACGUCCUACACUCCGAACCCACAAUCCGAUUCCUAACGGUCGCCGCCCAACUAGCCGGUGCUCGCUCCGGAUUCAACUGCUGGCUCGCUGCGUUAGAGACAGCCGUGCGCGAAGAUCCCUUCUGGGGCGACGCUUUCUGGCCCGAGAUCGAAGAUCGUGCGUCCCGUUUAACGGACGGCGUGCAGCAGCUGGUACGACAAUGCCAUGAGCUACGCGUUAAUCUCGAUAGCCCUACUUUUGAGACUCCCUCGCUGGCGAGAGCGUCUACUGAUUACGAGCAAACACCUUGCAAAAUCGCCAUCAAACCUUCUAGCUUUGCCCGGAAACAAGUCAAACUUAGUCGUGAGGAACAGCGUUACCGAUCCUCUCUUGUUUGGAACGCUUGGAAUUGUACCCGGGAGAUGCGCCAGCCUAUGGCUAUGGGUAAUGCUGCGCCGACCCAGUCUCGUCGACGAUCCAUGACCUCGUGA